AUGAGGAAUCACGGUUUUGUCGUAGAAGAAGAAAGAAGAUGUCGAGUGGCUCAAGAAAUCUCCACAGGUUCAAGCAAUCACAGAGUAGAUAAGGAAGUCCGCUGUGAUUGUAAACUCCCUACAAGAAUUCGUACCUCCAAGACCAAAGAUAACCCUGGAAAGAAAUUCCGAGUGUGCCCUAACUCAUUGGGAAAAAGUGUAAAGUUUGGGAAUGGAUUGAUGAAGAACCUGAGAAUAUGA